AUGGUCAUAUCUACAUUUAAAGUUGAAUCACGGUUCGGUGGAGAGAAAACAGAGGCGCCGACUUUGGAGGUUGAUGUUGGUGAUGGAUUGGAAAUUGUUUGUCCGAGGAAGAUCAGAAAUAAACCUUAUGAAUAUUUGAAAAUUCAUAUGGUGUCUGACAUGGCAUUUCUCAGUUGCCAACUAGAAUCACGGUCUAAAGAAUUCGUUGUCUGCGAUGGGCCAAAUAUGUCUACUCAUAAAGUGGUGUUUCGGAAAUUUUCACCAGUACCAAAUGCAUUUGAAUAUUUCCCUGGGCGUACUUAUUACUUAAUAACCACCUCUGAUGGGACCUGGGAAGGGUUGAACAACACUAGUGGUGGAUUAUGUAUUUCAAGAAAUAUGCGAUAUCAGAUAUAUGUACGCUUGAAUGAUCGUUCAAGAUCACCGAGCAGUGGCGAACAUUCAGUUGAUUCAAGACCGAUUAGUGAGGAAGAGACUGCAAAAUUGCGUCACUAUUCCAGAAGUCGAAAUAGUGCUUCAGAAAAAAAACCAGAACAGUCAGAUGAAAGCUUUAAAAUUGAUGGAUCUAUUGACUUUGCAUCAAAAUACGGAAUUCACUUAUCACAGUUAAAAUACGUGAGCAAGUUGGCUAGCGGAGGAGCUGAAGGGCCAUUUUCUUUCCAGAAGAACGAAGAGGAGAGACGAGGAGCUACAACUGAAGCAUCUGAUCACGUAUCAAAAUUAUCGGAUAAAGCGUUGAGGACGAAUAGAUUUGAAACGUUCCUAGAACCUGCAUCAUUGCCGCUUUCGUCCGAUGCAACCACAUCGGAUAAGUCGGUUAAGAGAGGCAGGAGUGAGGAUCGAACGUUGAGGCGUGAAACAUAUGAUGACCCUUUCAACGAA